GAUUUUGCGGAUCGGGAGCCCCGCGAAGAGAAGCGAAGCGAAGCGCGCCGCCGGGGAAGUUUGGCCGCUGCGCCGCCCCGUCCGUCGCCACGGCAACCGGCGUGCCCGUCAUGGCGGCGCCCAGCGUGUUCCUGCUGGCCGUGAGCGGCGAGAUCGAGAGCGGAGAGUUCCCGGGAUUCGAUGACCUCUACUGCAAGUUCUCCUUUGUCUACGGCCAGGACUGGGUCCCCACGGCGGGCCUGGAGGAGGGAAUCUCCCAGAUCACCUCCAAGAGCAGCGUCUCGCCCACCACGCUGGUCUGGAACUUCCCCAUCGACAUCACCUUCAAGAGCACCAACCCUUUCGGCUGGCCGCAGAUCGUGCUCAGUGUCUACGGGCCGGACUUCUUUGGCCACGACGUUGUCAGAGGUUACGGGGCUGUGCACGUGCCCUUCGUGCCGGGCAGGCACAAAAGAACCAUUGCCAUGUUCGUCCCAGAGUCCACCUCCAGGCUGCAGCAGCUCACAAGCUGGUUCACGGGGAGACGCCCGGAAUUCACCGACCCCAGGGUGGUGGCACAGGGAGAAGGGCGGGAAGUGACCAGGGUGCGCUCCCAGGGCUUCGUGACCCUCUCCUUCAACGUGAUGACCAAAGACCUGCACAAGCUGGGCUACGACGUGGGCCAGGGGCCUGGGCCACAGGGGCUGCACGAGCCCUGAGCCCCCCUGAGCUCCCUGGGCCUUCUGAGGGACACUCCAACUCCAAACAACACCAGCCCAGGAGGAUUUGGAGUGUCCAACUCCAAACAACACCAGCCCAGGAGGAUUUGGAGUUUGGAGUGUCCAACUCCAAACAACACCAGCCUGGGAGCAUUUGGAGUGUCCAACUCCA